CUAGCGUAUUUAUAUCGCCCAUCCCCCCUAGCGCCUACGCGCCAUUUUCUCUCUUGUUCCUCUCAGGACAAACGCACAAACAAACUCUCUCUCUCUUAUGGCUACCUCCUUUCUAGCCACUAGACUGGUUCUCAACCCUAACCAUAAUUCUAUCAUUUCCAGGUCGCAGAGUCUCCGUCGCUGCCACCCUGCUCCGUUCCUAUUCCGAUGUUCCGCCGCCCCUUUCAUCUCCUCCUCCUUAGCUGCCCCCUUCAUUUCCUCCUUUUUCUCCGCCACCGAUGACCCUUCUAGCCGUCUUCGGCGACUCGCUUCAGAGUUCCGAUCUCUCCCGGUGCCAAUCGACCGUGUGAAGCUUCUCCUUUCCUACGCUUCCGAUCUCCCUCCAUUCCCCAAUGCCGAACGCGUCAAUUCCAAUCGUGUCAUGGGCUGCACCGCCCAGGUCUGGCUCUCUGCCUGGAUGGACGCCCUCGGCCGGAUGCGCUUCGCUGUUGAUAGCGAUUCAGAGAUCACCCGUGGCUAUUGCGCCUGCCUUUUGGCGGUCCUCGACGGCGCACGUCCGGAGGAAGUGCUUGCCAUACGAACUGACGAUCUUGCGGAUCUCACUCUUGGUGGAUUGGACGGUCGUGUUCGCUCGAGGAUGAAUACUUGGCACAAUGUGCUGGUUAGCAUGCAGAAGAAGACGCGGGCGUUGGUCUUCGCUGGAGAGGGUCGGCCGCCGGGCGAGCCGUUCCCGUCAUUGGUUAUUGAUUCCGAUGGGAUUCAUGCCAAGGGCAGCUAUGCUGAAGCGCAGGUCAAGUUCUUAUCUCCUGAUGAGAUGAAGAUUAGAGAACUAGUUGAUGUUCUUGCGGAAAAGAAAAUUGGUGUGGUUGCACACUUCUACAUGGAUCCAGAAGUCCAAGGCAUCCUUACAGCUGCACAGAAUCUGUGGCCUUACAUCAACAUAUCUGAUUCAUUAGUCAUGGCAGAUAGAGCUGUCAAAAUGGCAGAAGCUGGGUGCCAGUACAUUACUGUGCUUGGUGUGGACUUCAUGUCAGAAAAUGUCCGUGCAAUACUCGAUCAAGCUGGCUUUGAGAAGGUUGAAGUGUACAGGAUGUCAAGCGAGCAAAUAGGUUGCUCAUUAGCUGAUGCAGCGGCAGGUCCGAUGUACAUGCAUUAUCUUGAGACAGCAUCAAAGUCACCACCUUCUUUGCAUGUCAUUUACAUAAAUACUUCCCUGGAGACAAAAGCUCUUGGACAUGAGUUAGUGCCUACAAUUACCUGCACUUCAUCUAAUGUAGUGCAAACUAUCCUUCAGGCCUUUGCACAGAUGCCCAAUUUGAAUAUCUGGUAUGGUCCAGAUUCUUAUAUGGGUUCAAACAUUACAGAAUUGUUCAACCAGAUGGUUGGCAUGACCGAUGAGGAGAUUGCUGAGAUACACCCAGAACAUAGUAGGAACACAAUCAAAUCUUUAUUACGUCAGCUACAUUAUUAUCAGGAUGGGAAAUGUAUUGUCCAUGACUUGUUUGGUCAUGAAGUUGUGAAGAAAUUAAAUGAGCUAUACUGUGAUGCAUUCCUGACAGCUCAUUUGGAAGUGCCUGGAGAAAUGUUCUCCCUUGCCAUGGAAGCAAAAAGAAGGGGAAUGGGAGUUGUGGGAUCUACCCAGAAUAUUUUAGAUUUCAUCACACGAAGGGUACAAGAUGCUUUGGACAGUGAUCUUGACAAUCAUCUUCAGUUUGUUUUAGGAACGGAAUCGGGAAUGAUAACAGCCAUUGUUGCUGCAGUACGUAAAUUACUUAAUUCUAGGAAAUCUUCUUCAGGAAGCUCAAAAAUCACUGUAGAGAUUGUGUUCCCAGUCUCGCCUGAUUCAAUGACCAGAACGUCAUCAAAUGGUUGCCAUGGACUAAGUUCAGUUUCAGCAGAUGAUCUUGCAAAGCUUACAUUUAUUCCUGGAGUGGCAGCUGGCGAGGGAUGUUCUUUCCAUGGUGGCUGUGCUUCCUGUCCGUAUAUGAAGAUGAACUCUCUUGAAGCUCUGCUGCAGGUUUGCCACCAACUUCCUGAAAGAAAUUAUAGUCUUUUGGCUUAUCGAACAAGAAGAAUCAAUUCUACUACUCCACUUGGACGAUCCAUUGCCAAGGUUGGAUGCGAACCAAUCUUGCAUAUGAGGCAUUUUCAGGCCACGGGAAGAUUGUCUGAGAAGCUUGUUUGUCAGAUUCUUGGUCAGUCUAUUGAGGAGGCCGUAGCUUCGUGAUAGUUACUUCUGCAGAAGAUAACAUUUCAAUCACUGACUUGGCCAAUACACACCCCACGGAAGACAGCACAAAUUUAAAGAGGUUGAUUUCGUGAGAUAUUUGCCAAAUCAAUUAUUAUUGUUCCUUCCAUUGUUGCAGAAGCUUGCCUUUCAUUUUUUGUCAUUGAACCGUUUUCCAUAUUUCUUAGUUUGAGUGUUGGUCUGUUUAAUCAUAAGAUUUGACUAGUGUCAAAAUUGUUUCAUCGAAGAUAGGAAAAGGUAGAAAGGUUUAUAUACAUGUAAAAUAAUGAUGUCAAAAUUGCUUCAUCAAAUAUAGGAAGGCAUAUAAAGGUUUAUAUAUAUAUAUGCAUGUAAAAUAUUGGAUGUGAGGCCUAUUGUAAGAUUAAUAAACUUGCGGACCACAUCCAUUACGGAGCUUUGCCUGCUGUC